AACCUGGAAUACAUUCGGAAUAAAUAACUUCUGAAAGGAAUUUUUCAGACAGUACUAGAACCUUCAUGUUAUUUCUGGGGGGCCUCAGCUCAGUCCACCCCCAACCUUAUCAUGUGGCCCUUAUCUGUGGCCCUUCCGCCGGCUCCUCAUUAACAUAAUGAUCCAGCUGCACAGCGGGAGGCUCCCAAAAGCUCAGGUGAAGAACCACAGAGCUCCACUUCAGUCCCCUGGACCAGACAUGGCUGCUCUGCUGGUGUUAGCUGCGUGGCUACUCGGCCUGCAGGCUUUCUCGGACGCGGAGGACAGAAACACCCGAGAGCGGCUUUUCCUCGGGUCCCUCGGUCUUUCUGAGCGGCCGCAGCCCGGAGGAAGCCGCCACACCCGACGCCCCGUCCCCUCCGAGCUGUGGAGGAUGUUCCGGAGGUCGGAGAGCAUUCAGGCCCGCGACAGCGACCCCUGCACGGUGUCCGAGUACGGAGUGCGCGGCAACAUCAUCCGCUACGUGCAGGACCAAGGCAGGCUGGUGUCGGGUUGGAGCAGCAGCUGUCAGGCCUGUCUGGUGAAGCAGCUUUUCUUCAACGUGUCUGUCCUGCAGCCUGUGGAGCUGCUGUCUCUGGCUCAGCUGGAGAUCAGGCUCCAUUGGAAGCCUCUGAGGCCCGCCGGGCUCCUGCGGGGGCCCCGAGCCGUCAGCAUGUCGCUUUCCAAAGUGAUCCGAGCCACGCUGCGGGGAGCCGAUCCCCGGGCCAGUCGCAGGCUCCUGCUGUCGCAGUCGCUUCGGCCGCAGCUGGAGCCCGCCGCCGUCGCCAUGGACCUGACGCCGUUGGCGGAGAGCUGGCGCAAACCGGGUCACAACUACGGCCUGGUUGUGGAGCUGAGUCUGCCGCCCGGUGCGGAUCCGGAGGAGCUCACGCCUUUUCUGCCGGGCAACGCCUUCCCUUUGGAGGAAGCCUGGACUCUCCCUCUGAUGGAGGCCUCUCUGGUGGUCGUGUCCCUGAACCCGCACCAGUGUCGCUCCCGGCAAAGGAGGAGCGCCGUUCGCCUCCCCGUGACGCCCAGUAACAUCUGCAAGGCCCGUCGCCUCUACAUUGACUUCAAAGACGUGGGCUGGCAGGACUGGAUCAUCGCCCCGCCGGGCUACAUGGCCAACUACUGCCACGGCGAGUGUCCGUUCCCGCUGAGCGAGAGCCUGAACGGUACCAACCACGCCAUCCUGCAGACGCUGGUCCACUCCCUGGACCCCCAGGGCACGCCCCAGCCCUGCUGUGUCCCCAUCCGCCUCUCCCCGAUCUCCAUGCUCUACUACGACAACAACGAUAACGUGGUGCUCCGACACUACCAGGACAUGGUGGUGGACGAGUGUGGCUGUCGAUGAGAGCGGUUACCAACAGCAACCGGUCCGCUUUUAAGUUCGGUUUCUUAAGUGUUUUUGCUUUUUUGAGUGAAUGAGAUUCCCUUAUUCUCACCACUGUUAGCUUAGCUGUGAAUAGAGCUUUC